GUGGGCUGUGCUGGCGCGCGCUAUCGCGGUGCUGGACGACGACGAGCGGUCUGAGCUCAUUGGUCGUACGGAGGCUUGGGCAGGACGUGCCGCUGCACGCGCCUCCUAUCAGUCGAAGAAGAAGUACGCUGGCUGGCUGGCGGGUAUGCGGAAGGCGAAACCUAGAGUCUUGCAUCGCCAGGUGAAGCCUCAGGAGCAGCAGCGCUUGGAGAUCUACGCGAGUGGCAACGCCAUCGCGAGUCCCACGGUCAUCGUGGAGAUCAGAGACAGGGGUGACGCCUCAGACGGUUGGAGUGACGGAUUACAUGACUUGUGGUGCACAGCGAUGCAGGGCUCCUCGGCCUUGUCUGCGGCGCUCCAUCGCGCAUUCUUGGACGAGUCUGCGGUGGCUCUGGGCCUGGCGGUGGGCGCGCUGCUGAUGGACUUGGCCACAUUCUAUGACCACGUGAAGCUGGCUCGCCUGGUAGAGGGGGGGUUGGACGAG